ACGCUCGCUACUGCCAUGUGCUUUUUUACAAAAUGGCGACCAAAAUACUGGUGAACCAGCGCAUUUUAGGAUGCGCCCGAAAUUUGCGGUUCACGAGUCACUAUCCCAAACUUCUUAACCCGGACAUCGAGUCAGAGUACGCGUACACCGAAGAACCCAAGUACCCACCGAUCUUCGAUACUUCUAAAAAGGCCACCAAGAGGCGCGAGAGAGAAGAAUGGCGAGACAGCAUCAAGGCGAUGCCCACUGUUCAGCAGAAACUGCAGACGAUGGCCGAGAAGGGCAAACAGUACUGUUACGUGGUGAACCCGGAUACCUUGUACUACAACUGCCUCCCUGCAUACCAGUACGCGACGCGUACGCACCUCAUAGAAGGGCUGCCCGACUCUUACGCGAAAAUAGACGUCGAGGACGCGUACGCGCAGCUCAAACCGCACCUCGUCAAUGCCAUUGCCACAGAGUUGGAGAUGUACGAGAGCGGUGGUAAAUACAGAGCUAAAUCUUCCGAAUCAAUCAAGCAGGAGAAAGUCAUCGCGAGUGUUUUGUCGGUGCUUCUGAGAGGCCUUGCCAAGGACACGCCUCACCUUCAGACCUCGCAGGUGGACUUUACACCACGUUGCGAUGCCUUUUGGGAGCACGGCCGGUACUACCCCAACCAGAGGAGAAGGUUCAGAAACCAGGACACCAUCCACAUGAAAUUGCAGUUCAUGGAUAAACCUGAUGCUCAAGUCAGGAUUACAGAGCCACUUCCUGCUAUAGUGAGCCUGGAUGACCCACUUGUAUGCAGCCAAGAAGUUCCAGAUUUUCCUUACCAUCCAUCUUAUAUGAAGUUCCAGUGGAAAAGGAAAUAUCAGACUAGUUUGCCUGGUACUUGGCCACUCCACGAGUGCAAUUUUCCUUUGCUGACAAUACGGCAACGCAGCCUGUUGACUGGCUCCCACAACUCUCCAUUCAGAACACCAGAAGAGGUGCAGGAUGCCACAAAUGCUGCAGCCAUACUAGCAGGUUUUGGCUGGCUGAAUGGCGUGGCAACACAGCUAGGGUUCACAAUAUAUCAUGACCCAAGCUAUCCCCUGGUCAGCCACAUUGUCAACACAGACGGGCAGCACUGGACAUUUGCAGUCUACCAACUAAACACACUUCGUUUCCACGAGGACUAUUACGAAAGCAAUCCACUUCGCAACCUCUGCUGGUCAUCCGGCAAUCUUCGCCUCUUUGAAGCUUAUGAAAACGGAGAACUGAAAGGCAUAGAUGACAACGUGUUCAAGCUCCUGCUUCGGUUCAUGCUUCGCCAACCCAAGGCGCCUGAAGGGGUUGAGCUUCGUCCAUAUCUGGGUGUGGAUACCCGUCCUGAAGAAGAGAGGCAAGAACAACUGCAAUACUGGAUGAGGACCUACGACUGCCGUUUUGUGAUCAGAGAGGCUAUUGCUAGAGAAGUGCCGAUGUGGGUCAAGAUCUACAAGUGGCAUGAGGACGCUCCACCCACACCAUACAUCAAGCUGAAGUAACUUGCUCUGCAGUGUGCAUGCAUAGCUGUUUU